GCGCAUGCGAACCGGAAGCGGAUAUUUGGGGCCAUGGAGGGAGAGUCUUUCUGUGCAAGCAUUCAAGACAUUGACAUCCUCUCUAUUCUAAAGUGGCAAACAGUCAGUCAGACUGAUGGGUGUGACUGUUGAGACAAUAACACCAGGAGAUGGUGCCACAUAUCCAAAGAAGGAUCAGACUGUAGUGGUUCACUAUGUAGGAACGUUGACAAACGGGAAUAAGUUUGAUUCAUCAAGAGACAGAGGAUCACCAUUUAAAUUUAAACUUGGUAAAGGGGAUGUUAUAAGAGGUUGGGAUGAGGGAGUCGCAAAGAUGAGUGUAGGAGAGAAAGCCACAUUGACCUGUAGCCCUGAUUAUGCAUAUGGAAGUAAAGGCUACCCAGGAGUUAUACCACCAAAUUCCACUUUGAUAUUUGAAGUUGAACUUUUAAACAUCCAGUGAUCUCAUCAAGAAUUGCCAUACAGGACAUGCAGAGAGGAAGUGUUUUACAUCUUCAACUUGCAAAAUAGCAGCCAAUGAAUGAAUUAUUCCAGUUGUCUCUGAUAUUGAUUAUUACAGAAACAUUAGAGUUGAUUAAGUGUCUCUUCUUAUAUUAAAAUACUGACAUUCAUUACUUCUGCCUACCGGUAUACACCUUUCUAGAAAGUCAUUCCUGAAAAACCUGAAUUUGACUUCAUAUUUAUUCAAGGUCAUUCAAUGCUGUAUUUUGUGAUAUUUUUUACACAACUACAUUACUUAGUGUGAGAUUAUAAUGAAUGUGAAAUUGCAUGGAUUGUUUUCAACUAUCUUGUUUAAAUGUUACAAAAUAAGAUUGUUAGUCUCUUUCAUUUUCAAAUGGUCCAAAAUUUUGAAGCAAGUAAAUUUUAUGGGGUAAAAAAAGGAUAGGAAAAAAACAAAAAAACAAUCCAAUUAAAAUUAUUUAAAUUGGUACCAAACACCUUGAUUUAGUUGAAUAGGCUUGUUUAAUUUUCAUCAAAAAAUUUGACAAAUACUUAUUUUGACCCUUUCACAAAAACUUGAACUACACACUUUAUCAAAAAAAAUGUCAUUAGAUGUAUAGCAGUUUGACAAAUGCUACUUUUGAUCAUUAAGAAGCUUAACAUUUCUUUAAUCAUAGAAUGUGAUUAAAAGGUUCACCUGAUUUUUUAUAGAGUUAUCUCCCUGUAGUUUUAUGUUCCACCAUUGUCCUCAAAGUAAUUCUUUAUUCUUUAUAUUGAUGAUUUUUUAAUGCUAUGCUAUUUGAUAUUUUUAUCAUGCUUACAUGGAAGGUUUAAAUUAUAAUUAAUUUGUAACGAAUGUAUAUGUCUUUUUCUCAACUCCUCUUUUCUUAUGUUAAAAAGUCUUUUAUUGAUAUUUAUUGCAUUUGAAACAUCUUCAUUUGGAGUAGCCACUGGCUGGUUACCAAUAUUUCAUACACUUUCUAGGUGUUUAUUAUAUAUACACACCACAUAGUGCAGUGAGAUCCAUUCAAUGCCUGUUUCAGGCAAUAUAUGUCUACUGAUAUUAUAUAUUCUGAGGCAUAAUAUUUAUAAAAAUGGUGAGUGUGUGUGUUUUUAUAAUGUUCUGGGUUUGUUUUUUUUAAUAUUUGAACCACUCGUAUCAAUUUUGUUUCUGGGGUAGAGAUGGGAAAAAUUAAAAACUAAUCCCCAUAACCACUAGUUGGUUAGUUAUAUUUCAACCCAUUUCUUCCAGAGUAUUAUGAGUACACAAAAAAUAGUGCAGUGAUGUGUAUUUACUUUAAUUCGUAUCAUAUUCAUGCUCAUGUCAUGCAAUUGAUUAAUAAUGUAUGCUUAGUUAUCCAAGUUACAAAGUUGUGUGUGUGUGUGUAAUUGUAUUAUCGAGAAAACCAAAUUAUUAAAAGUUGCAUAGGUCGUGGUAACUGACGCAAUCUGUCAUACUUACAGUAUUAUGGACAAAGGGAAAUAACUCAUGUAGAAAUUAGCUUAAAUAAGCCUCUUGCAUUUAUUAUUCCUCAAAUUAAAGCAACCUCUUUCCCCUUUUCAAUACUCACAAGUUUUCUAAUUGUAUUAUACCAUACAACAGAGUAGAAAAGUGAUCCCAAGUCAUGUUGUUUGCAUGCUAUUCUUAAACCAGUUUUGUUUUAGUAAAGGUUAAGGUUUUUGAUGAAUAAUAUUUACAGUUUUCAAAAAGUUGGAAUAUGAGAAGUAUCAUUAUUUAAAUAUUGAAUUUACUGUAGAUUCAGAAAUAAACAUUGUUAGUUGCUUAGAAUAGAGUCAAAGAAAUUUGAAAAAGCUGACACUCACUAUAUUUAUUUAUAUUGAUUUUUACAUGAUUUUGAAAGCAUUUCUCCUGAGGAGGUAAUACUUUCUUCGCUUUUUGGGGCUUAAUAAUUCAAUAAAGAACUUGUUAUAGUUGAAUUCAGUCCUCCUUUUUAAUAUCUUUAAGGCCUACUUUAAGUGCCAUAAUCAUGAAUGAGGUUUUUAUAUGUAAUUAUUGCCAAUAAUUUAUUUGUAAGACAUUUUAAAGGUUGAAGGGAAAUAAAUAUUUAGGGAACCAUCUGAUAAUGCAAAUAAUUAUCCAGAAUAGCAUUAGUGCUAAAAGUAGAUAAUUUAAGGUUGUUUAAAUCCUUAUUGCACAUUUAACGUGUUCUAUUAUGCUUUCUUUAUAUCAUUGUUUAUGAUCAAAUCUUUAUUAUGUUUUAUUAUAUGCUUGUUUUAUAAUACAAUAAAUGUAUUCAAAUGAA